CGUGUGACGUUGGUAUGUGGGCGUGAGCGUUAUGAACAUCAACAAAAGAGAGAAAAAGAGAAAGGAGAAAGACUAGAAGGGAUAAGUCUACAGCUGCAGGAGAUACAAUAGAUAUGUGGAUUUAACUCGAGAAACAGUGUAAAUACUGUGGUGAAACAUAGAGAUCACUUCUUCCAGUGCCAGCCGAGACAUGGACGCGUUUAGGCUUAUGAAGGAGCUGCGGGUGAAUCAUGAGCAGGAGGUUUAUUAUCUGCCUAAAGAGACGGGACUGAGCCUCAUCGAAUCCACAACACGGGACGACAGUCGGAUCUCAGCCAAGUGCAGAGAUGCCAAAGUGGAGGACCUGUGGAGUCUGACCAGCUUCUUUGGAUACAGCACACAGACCUUUGUCCUGGCUGUUAACCUGCUGGACAGAUUCCUGGCCAUGAUGAGGAUCCAGCCGAAGCACCUGUCCUGCGUCAGCCUCAGCUGCCUCCACAUGGCGGCCAAAGUGACAGAGGAGGAGUGCAACCUGACGCCCACCGACGAGCUCAUCCGCAUUGGACAGUGCAGGUUCACGGUGUCUGACCUCGGCCGCAUGGAGAAGAUUGUCGCAGAGAAGCUCAACUUCAAGUCCAAAGCCAUCACUGCCUUAACCUUUCUGCACCUGUACCACCAGAUUGCACUUUCACACUCCACAGACAGGAAGGAGACGCUCAGCCUGGAGAAGCUGGAGGCUCAGCUCAAAGCCUGUCUGUGCCGGAUCUCCUUCUCUAAAGCAAAGCCGUCCGUCCUAGCCUUGUCUCUUCUGAGGCAGGAGUGCAAAGCCAUUCAGUCAGAGGACCUGUUGGAAAUCGCCUAUCACAUCCAGAAACACCUGAAGAUUGCCAACGGUGAGCUGCGGCAGUGGAGCGAACGUGUGGCUCAGUGUCUGUCAGACUACGCCUCCCCCGAAUGCAGCAAGCCCAACCACAGGAAGCUGCAGUGGAUCGUGUCGCGGCGGACCGCCCAGAACCUGCACAGCUACCGCAGCGUCCCUGAGCUGCCCACCAUCCCAGAGGGAGGCUGGGAUGAGAGCGAAAGUGAGGACUCGUGUGAGGACGUGAUGAGCUCAGGUGAAGAGUCCCUCAGCAGUUCUCUGGGCAGCGAUGCUGAAGGACCCUUCUUCCCUCUGCACUUCCGCUGCCAAAAACACCGCCAACACCUCCACGCCUGAAGCCUCCGCCAUCCCGUGCCUCCUCGUCUCCACCCCCCACCACCCCCCUCCCCUUCCCUCUCCUCUAACUGCUCCACCUGAUGUCUUUUAAUUUAUUGCUUAAUAAGCUCCGGUGCGGGUGGAGAAUCGCACAACUGGCAGCUGAGCAAUCGGGGCUCUUCUGAUAGAUUUGGUAGAUUUUACUUAGUAGAUGUGUGGGUGCAUGUUAAGAUGUUACAUUCCAGGAUGCAAGAUUUUAAAGAUACACACGAGUGAUGUUUGGCAGGUGCCGAGUCAGAUCAGACCAGAAAUGGUUCUCAUUGUUGUUGACAAGAAGAUAAUUUGCCAAAACGUGGUGUUUAUUUAAUAGAAUGUUUUUGACUGUUAUUAAUCUUAAGACUGUUUUUAUUAAGGGUAAGGAGGAGUUGUCCCUUUGUCCAGAGGCUGAGCGGCCGCGGUUGCAUUGUUUACUCCCCGAUAACAAGAUGUCACGCUGUUAUCUUGGGAUCAUAACUCUGUUAUUAUGUGAUAAACACAAAUAGUGUUUGCAGCUAUCCCGAGAUAAACAUUUCAGUUCUCAUCACCACUGAACUGAACAACACAUUACGUCAUAUUCUUGGGGUAAACGGUGCGACUGCGGCUGCUCCGAUCCUCUGAGGCAAAGUUUCAUUUGCACAGUUUUCUUUUUUUUAUCUCGUUUAAGUGUUAAAUGGUGAAACUGGAAGUCGGAGUUGGAGUCUGAUAGGAAGCUGAUCUUUAGCUUGGGAGUUUUCCUUCAAAUUCAAACUCCACUGACACGACAGGGUGUUCAGAUAAAAAACAUUUAGUGUGUGUGUGUGUGUAUGUAUGUGCGACCCUGGUUUAAAUUUAAAGUUGCCAAUCUUAGGAUGUAGCUUAAAAAAAAUCUUUGAUGUUUUGAAACUGUUGACUGAGAGAAUGUUGAAUGGAACAAAAAUAAUGCUGACCAAGUGUCAAAAAAAAGGCUAAAAAAUGUUAAAAAUGUAAAAAAAUGUUAAUACAAAAACAUGUAAAACUGUAAAUGAUGUACAAAAAAAAACCUGUUAAUAGUUCUUUGUAGAUAUUAAGUUAUUUAUUCUUUUUUUGUCACCUGUACUGAAAAAGAAAAUCUUAUAAAAAUGUUAUUUUUAACCUUU